AUGAGUUUGUUGAUGAGAGACAGGAUGUCUGUCGUUGUCGUUUGGUGGAUCCCGACCAUUGACGUAACUGGGAGACGGGUUAAGCACCUAUCCCACCCGCCCCGAUUGUUGCAUGCUGACUCAGCGCCUCCCCAAAAGACUCGACAAAGACUCGUUAGAGCGCUCCAGCCACUCAACGCGACUCGCCGCCCACUUUUCCGCACAUUGCAGCCCUCUCCUCUCCGCUCCGCUUCUCCCGAACUGCCCAAUCCAACUCAACUCUCUUCGCACACUUCAGUUCGCACCAUUCACCGCCAUCAUCAAGUUGCCAUCACCGCUUCGCUGACCAGCACUCCGACCGUAUUUCUGCGACCUACUUACCUCUCUGAACAGCUACCUUUGGUUUUUUUUCUCGUCUCCCACAAGAGGCAAAGCGAUCACAGCAGUGACAACAUGAUGCCGACGUGGCCAACCGCAUCCCCGCCCCAGGGCGUUCCGCCCUCAACUGCCUACGCAGCAACCUAUUCAGCUCCUGCUUUCACCCCAGUCCAAGUCCGACAAACCUUCGGCCAGUCCUAUUCCGCCCCACAAGCCUCCUAUCCCACCACACAUCCCUACGGCCCAGCCCAAUCCCCUCCACCUGCCCCAGCUAAUCACCAGUCGACCGCUGCUUCUCCUCCCACAGCUGAUGAACAGCCCAGGAAGAAGGUUCAAUGGCCUGAUUCCGUCCGCUCCUACGUCCAGCGCUCUUUUUUCCCGGCCAACAUGGAUCCUACCGUCUCGAAAGAAGAAAUGGAGGGCAAGCUCAAGGAAACCAUCAUGCGCGCCAGCGAGGACAACCUUCUGUAUUCCAUCGUGUGGGAGACGAUGCCGCUGCCCCAACAAAUAAUCAAGCAGGAGCGUGAACAACGUGCCAAGGCCAUGGCCUAUCCCGCUCAAGCACAAACGCCCUACUCCAACGCGCCAAUGCCCAUCUCCAAGAAGAGGAAGUCCGCCGACUUGGAAGAUGUCGCCAAUCUCAGUAUCACCCCACCAUGGAGGACAGGCCAAGGCGCCCGCCUCGAGGAUCGCGUCACUUUUUCCAAGGAUAAACGCCAAGCUACCGAGGAGAGCUCCGAUAACACGAGUAAGUUGAACAAGUACGAGAAGCGCCAAAAGCGCUUCAACGGGGGCUACGUAUCGACAUAUCGCUCCCCAAGCCCUCCCCCCGGCGAUGGGCCCGUCGUGGGGACGUGCGAAAAGCUUGAGAAGAGCUAUCUGCGCUUGACUGCUCCUCCCAAGCCUGAGAACGUGCGUCCGCCUCGGGUGUUGAAGAACACGCUGGAGCUGCUGAAGAAGAAGUGGAAGAAGGAUUCGAACUACGCAUACAUUUGUGAUCAGUUCAAGUCCAUGCGCCAGGAUCUGACUGUGCAACGCGUGAGGGAUGAUUUUACUGUCGAGGUGUACGAAAUACAUGCUCGCAUUGCUUUGGAAAAGGGGGAUCUCGGUGAGUAUAAUCAGUGCCAGACUCAGCUCAAGGCACUGUACAAGUUGGGCCUCAAAGGCAAGGCCAACGAGUUCAAGGCCUAUCGGAUUCUUUACUUCAUUCACACAGCCAACCGCACAGACUUGAAUAGCGUUUUGGCAGAUCUAACCCCAGCAGAAAAGAAAGACAAGGCGAUCAAGCACGCCUUGGACGUGCGGUCCUCCCUGGCCCUGGGGAACUACCAUCGGUUCUUCCAGUUGUACAACGAGACCCCAAACAUGGGUGCAUACCUCAUGGAUAUGUUUGUCGGCCGGGAGCGUCUUGCUGCCCUGUGCAACAUUUGCAAGGCAUACAAGCCUGACGUGCCAUUGCGAUUUGUUACCGAGGAACUCUAUUUUGAGUCCGACAUGGAAGCCGCCCAGUUCAUCAUUGACAACGGCGGCCAGGAUUUGCUCCAAGAAAAGGAGGACGGCACCAUUGUCUUCCUCACUGGCAAGGCUGGCCAGACAUUCGAAAGCCACAAAGCGAAAGCCUUCGCCCGCGUCGACAUCAAGGGCCAAAUCUAG